AUGUUCCCUGCACUUUACGUUCUGUUGAAAAAAUUCGUUCCUCGAUACUGUAACGAGUUCAUCUGGAUUUCCGGCCUCCUUGUUAUUGGUUUUGUGUCUAUGGGCUUCCUGGCAUUAUUCCACGAUGUAACAUGGACGUUUAAUGGUAGAGACCACAGUGUAGUAAUGCUGAUCAUUGUCUUCAUUUCCUCCGUGGUCAACAGUUCAAGUUCCAUCAUCUUCAUGCCAUAUCUUCGGAAUUUCGAUAAAAAAUACCUAACUUCCUACUACCUCGGCGAAGGUCUCAGUGGGACUGUGCCAAGCAUUAUCGCCCUAUUCCAAGGAGUCGGCGGUGAUUCUUCCUGUAAAACCGAAGCACCUCUCUCAAAUGAACCACAUAUUGUGAACGCACCGAAGCCGAAUUUCCCACCCAGUAUCUACUUUCUUAUUUUGUCCAUUCUUCUCGUCUUUUGCGCCAGUGCUUUCUGGCUUUUGGAGUACUUGAGAGGGCGUAUGGUUCUCGAGGAAGGCUGUAACGUGCGUUGUUACGGCCAGGUUCCAUUGACGGACGAUGUCACCUGCACAGCUAAUAAGCCACCCGAUCACGAUUCGAAAGUCAACGCUUGUGAAAUAGACGAAUUGCAAAUUUCUUCUUCCGUAAAAACGAACGGCUACACCAAAAAUUAUCUCUGCGUAUUGAUUGGACUCACCUGUUUCGUGGCCCAUGGCAUUUUACCUGGUACCCAAGCGUACUCCUGUCUUCCCUACGGAAACGCUGCUUAUCACCUGGUAGCUACUUUGACACAGUUUGCCGGACCCGUAGCUUACAUCCUCGGCUACUGUCUGCCGCCUCUGGGUGUUCGAGGAGUCACCUGGAUUUCUGUGCAUGCAUUAUUACUCAGUACAUACAUCACCUGGUUAGCCAUUUCGUCUCCGAAUCCAUUAUGGCGCGAUGAGAUUUAUGGUAUCGUUUUACUGGUGACCGCGUGGACUCUCUCGUUUGCAUUGAUCUCUUACAUGAAAUUAUCAAUCGCCGCUAUCAGCCAGCAAAGUCUCGCUCCAGACAGUCUGUACCACAUCGGCAUAUCGAAUCGAAUAGGAACAGUCUUCGGUGCAAUCGUCAGCUUCGUGAUCGUCAACUACACGACGAUAUUCACGGCGUACUCAGGAUGCUAG